AUGGGUUAUUAUACCGCAUCCUAUGCCUUCUUCGAGGCCGUGUGGGAGGCUGGCAUCACUCAUGUCUUCGUGAACCUUGGCUCCGAUCACCCGUCAAUCAUCGAGGCAAUUGUCAAAGGUCAAAAUGAGAGACAGGGCAACUUCCCGCGGAUCAUCACCUGCCCAAACGAGAUGGUUGCCCUUUCAAUGGCAGAUGGCAUGGCCCGACUGACCGGCAAACCACAAUGUGUCAUUGUCCAUGUCGAUGUUGGCACGCAGGGUCUCGCUGCGGCGGUUCACAAUGCCUCGUGUGGGCGAGCGCCGGUCCUGAUUUUCGCCGGCCUGUCUCCUUACACCGUCGAGGGCGAAUAUCGUGGGUCAAGAACGGAAUAUAUCCACUGGAUUCAAGACGUUCCCGAUCAAAAACAGAUUGUGGCGCAAUAUUGCAGAUACGUGGGUGAGAUCAAGGGCGGUCGGAACGUCAAGCAGAUGGUCAAUCGCGCCUUGCAGUUUGCAACCAGUGAUCCUCAUGGACCAGUUUACCUGUGUGGUGCCCGAGAACCGAUGGAGGAGGAGAUCGAGCCGUACCACUUAAAUCAUGAAGUAUGGAAGCCCGUUUCCCUCGGCGCACUGCCGCCAGAGGCGGUCAAGAUGAUCUCCGAGGAGCUCGUCAAGGCCAAGGAACCGCUCAUGAUCGUUGGCUACACUGGACGAAACACGGAUUCCGUCGCCGCGACCGUUUCGCUGGCCGAGAGGGUUCCGGGCCUCCGGGUUCUAGACACUGGAGGGAGUGACAUGUGUUUCCCGACGGACCAUCCCGCGGCUCUGGGUCUGAGAUAUGGCUCCGACCCAGCCAUCACCACGGCCGACUUCAUCCUCGUGGUCGACUGCGACGUGCCUUGGAUCCCGACUCAAUGCAAGCCCCGAGACGACGCCAGGAUCGUCCACAUCGACGUCGACCCUCUCAAGCAGCAGAUGCCGGUCUUCUACAUCCCCGCGUUUGCACGAUUCAAAGCGGACUCAGCCACAGCAAUCGACCAGCUGAGUGACUAUCUCGGUAGGAAUUCAGAACUAAGAGCGGCUCUGUCCGACGAGGCACACAGGGCCGCACGGCAACGGAGACUCGAGGCCUACACUGCGCGGUGGAACGAUUUCAAAGAGCUGGCCAAAGUGCCUCCAGACCCUCACCGCACCGCCAUUGAUCCCCAUGUUCUAGGUGGGCAGAUCAAGGCAGCCGUGCCGGCCGACACCAUCUUUGCCGUGGAAGCCGUAACGCUGACCACCAUUAUCGCCGAUCAGAUUGCGCCGGUGACGCCGAAAACGUGGAUCAACUGCGGCGGCGGCGGUCUUGGAUGGUCCGGCGGCGGCGCGCUGGGGAUCAAACUCGCCUCCGAUUUCGAACACCGCGACCUGCCCUCCGGGGACCGCACCGGCGCCAACAAGGGCAAGAUGGUAUGUCAGAUCGUCGGGGACGGCAGUUUCAUGUUCUCCGUCCCCUCGUCCGUGUACUGGAUCGCACAGCGCUACAGCAUUCCGACCCUGACCAUCGUGCUGAACAACAAGGGCUGGAACGCGCCCAGACGGUCCAUGCUCCUGGUCCACCCGCACGGCGAGGGUAGCAAGGUGGACAACAAGGCGUUGAACAUCAGUUUCGAGCCGACCCCCGACUAUGCGGGCAUCGCCAAGGCCGCCACCGGUGGUCACGCGUGGGCCGCCACGGUUUCGACAGUGGCCGAGUUGAUUGCGGAAUUGCCCAAAGCUGUCGACGCCGUCAGGGCCGGCAGGUGUGCGGUGCUGGAAGUCAAGAUCGGUGCUGACCCGACGCCGCCCAUGUCAAAUGGCGUGGUGAGUCAGAAUGGCGUGGGCGCUCACAGUGGAUAG